GAGAAAAUUGAAUCUCAAGCUCGCAAAGGAGUGCUGCCAAGUUUUCACCAACCAGGCCUGUGGACUUUUCCAUUCCCUAAAAAGAUAGCAGUAAUUCCAAAAGAAUCUCAAGUAGCAGAAAAUGAAUCUCAGCCUAAAGAGCUAUCAACAGAUACUAAGGAAGUGAAACAGGAAGAAGAAUCCCUUGAAAGAGACCAACCUUGUUUGUUUUUAGAAAUGAUACCUCAGCUUUCCCAAGAUUCACAAAUUCAAGAAUCUGAAGCUCGAUUAUCUUUUUCAAGUGUUCCUUUCUUUUCUGAAACAAGUAUUUCAUUCCUUGCAACUUCAGAGGAUGCAGAAAGUAAACAACCACCUCAGAAAACUGAAACAACAUCUUUACAGACUCCAUUGCCAGAUGUACUGCAGGUGGAAGGAAAAGCAAUAGUGAAAGUUAAAUCUCAUGAAGUUCAGAGAUGGCUACAAGAGGAACACCGUUUACAACAAUCUUCGCCUUUGCUGCCUGAUCGGAUUUCAAAUGUCAAAGGUCAACAUUAUCCAGACAUUCAUUGUCUAUGUACUGCUUUUCCGAGUUUUAUGUUGCCUCCUGAUUUACAAUUAGCUUCUAGAAUCUAUCAUACUUUAGACAGAAGAGGUCACAAUGUCUUACUUACAGCAGAGGAUCUGGACAAUAAGGAGGAAGAACCAACCUGUUCAAAAUAUACUUACUUGAAAGAGCAAGCUGAAAGGAAGAGAAUUUGUUAUGAAGGCGUUCCUAUUUCAGAGCAAUUCCAGAAGGAUGAGAUUCAUGUCCUUCCUCCUCAUGCAUCAAAAAGUCUAACAGAAUGGCAAAGAACAGCUGAAUAUUGUCUUAAAAAGCCACAACUGGAACUGCUAGGAGAGAAAGCUUCCAUUUAUCCAGAAGCUUUAAAAAUGUUUUGGGCUCCAGCACCACCAAAAUUCUCUGCUCCAAUUUCUUCCAUGAAGGAAAUUUUAUUUCCUACAUAUGAGGCAAAAACUAUUCUGAGAAGAUACCAUUCGUUGUCAGAUUUUUCCAACAGUGAGAAAUUAGAGAUAAGUUUGAUUAGAAGGUCAGUCUCUGCUCCAGAGAUGACUACUUUCAAAGAUGAAACUGUGUUAAAGGUGUCAGCUAAUUUCAAAACCAGCAUGAAAGAGUUGAAGUUUAUGAAGCAACAGAUAGCUGAGCCAGAAGUUGAGACAAAAAUUGGGAAAAGCUCCUCUACCAAGCAUCCUUUGAAUCAAGUGUGUGAUGAUCCACAGUCAGUGCAGACACACACACCAAUGGAAAAAAUGCCUACUUCGCCUGGACAAGAGGAUAGUGAGAAUAACAUUGUUCUUGCUGAGAGAUCUCAAAAGACUGGGAUUAAACACCCUGUUUUCCCAAGAAAAAAGAAAACAAAGAAAUCAAAGAAAAUAAUAGACUCUAGAAAAUUAGAAGCUGUGAUUAAGAAAUUAAGUCAACCCCCAAAGAUUCUUAAAAGGUCUGUGUCCCUGGGAAGACUUCCUAUUCAUGAUAAAUUCAGUAUCAAGGUAUCUUCAGCAGUCAGACAAUAUCGUAGUCCUAGUAUCCCUUGUUUAUUAGAUUUUGAAGAAUUCGCAAGAGUGAGGGGUGGAAUGCCAAAAGAAACUUCUGCUCGCAAAUGGGUCAGUGGAAUAUGGAAUUGCUGGUUUGAUGAAAUUUUCCCACCUAGUAGGACUGAUUUUGAGGAGAAGGAUAUCAAAUUACUCAAAGGAACUAGGAAGGACUUGCAAGAAGCAGAUCUACGGAGAGAACUAGUUGACUCAAUGCAGCCUGUUCCACUUGAAGAUGCAGCAGUUAGUGUUGGAGAUUUAGAAGAAGAAGUAAGACGACUGACAGUGCUAAUAGAAAAGGAAGAGCAACCUUUAGCUUUUCACUAUUGUAGACGUGGAGCAAUACAGAGAAAAUUAGGCAAGUUAAAGUCAGCUAUGGAUGACUUGGAAAAAGCUAUAAGCUUAGAACCACUACUACUUAAUGCUUACUGGCAUAGACAUUUGAUUUACCUCUUUCAAGAAAGAAUUUCUGCUGCUUUGGAUGACCUGAAUUUCAUAAGUAAUUGGAGCAAAAACAAAGCAGACGCGUACCUGUCGAAGGCUGACAUUUACAAAGCCCUGGGCGACUACACGCUGGCACUCAUCAACUACAGCGCCGCGAUACAGUGCCGCCCGGCGGACGACGAUAUUUAUUUCAAGAGAGCGGAGCUGUAUUUCGAGGAAGAUAAUUUAUUAUUGGCCAUGGAUGAUUAUGCCAAAUGUUUUCAGUAUAACUCAAAAAGAACAGAUGCACUUAUGAAACAUGGAAUACAUUUCUUUGACCGUUCAGUUUUGACUACAGCUAUUCAGGAUUUUACUGCUGUGAUCAAGGAAGACCCUACCAAUGCUCAGGCGAGGCUGUAUCGAGGAAGAGCAUAUGUUAAACAACAGCGGUAUAGAGAUGCAAUACAAGACUUGUCAGCAGCACUUCAUCUAGACCCUUUCUGUUGGUUAGCAUUCUACUAUAGAGGUUGCAUACUACGACACAUUGAUCCGAAAAGAGCUGUGCAGGACUUCAGUGUUUCUGUGCUCAUCAAUGACACUCAGGAAAAUUUUUGUUCUUUUCUUCAUCGUGGGAUCGUUUAUUCAGAACAGUGUCAAUGGUCACUUGCAAUCUGUGACUUUGAAAGUGUCCUAGCAUUGGACAGAUCUGUCGUCUUUGCUUACCUAAACAUUGGUCUGAUACUGCUGUUACAUCUGGAUCAAUACUAUAAAGCUAUUCAGCAGUUUACUAAUGCCAUUGAAACUGAUCCCCGAAAUGUUCGAGCCUAUUUAUGUAGAGCCCAGGCAUAUCAUAAGAUUCAUAAUUUACCGAAUGCUGUGAAGGAUAUAAAUCGAGCUAUUCAUCUUUAUCCAACUAAAUUACAACUGUACAUAUUAAGGGGAAAAUAUUUAAUGGAAAUGAAGAAAUAUGAACUAGCAAGUUUAUGCAUUCACCAAGUUGCAGAAAUGGAUGAAGGAUCCUUCAAGUCUCAGCCUGUUCAGCAAGCACUCAUUCAGUCAUUUUGUCAAAAUCACGAUAAAGCCAUGGAGUACUUAUGUGAAGCUAUUGCAAUUCAGCCUGAGCCUUCAGUGUUUGUUCUUCUAGGAAAAAUACAAAUGAAAGCCAAGAAAACUAAGAAUGCUGUGGAAAGUUUUAAACAAGCUAUAAAGCUUCUGAUUACCUCACCAAGAACCCUACCUAAUACAUUUGAGGCUGCAGAAAUGUAUUAUCUUAUAGGCCUGUGUUAUAUGGAGCAAGUAAGUUUAUUGCAGGCCUGUGAUGCUUUUAGUAUGGCUAUCAGACUACAUUCAAGUUAUCCGGAUGCUUUCUAUCAGCGGGGGCUGUGUAGAAUGCAACUUGGACAAGCUAAGUGUAUCCUAGAUUUCAAUCGAACACUUGCACUUUGCCCAUCACAUUUCCAGGCAUAUAUGAGUCGUGCUAUUUACUAUGGAAGUAAAGGCAGGUACUCUAAGGCAAUUCUGAAUUGUAAUGAGGCUAUCAAAAUUCAUCCUAACAGUGCGAGAGCUCAUUUUUAUCGAGGAACUUUGAAGUAUCACAAUAAGACAUACAAAGUUGCAAUUGAAGAUCUUUCCAAAACUAUUGACCUCAACAAAUCCUGCAUUUUGGCAUAUUAUAACAGAGCAGUUUGUUAUCAUCAAAUAAAGGAUUUCAGAAAGGCUUUGAAAGAUUAUGGAAUUCUUCUCCUGCUUGAGCUGAGUAAGGAAAUAGUUUUUAAAGUGUUAAUUAAUCGUGGACUACUCUAUGUGGAACUUGGCGAUUAUGCUAAUGCAUGUGAGGAUUUCAAAGCAGCAACACUGCAUAGUCCAUUUGAUAGCCAGAUCUUCCAAGCUAUUGGGAUCUGCUAUCACAGACUUAAUGAGUUUGAAGAAGCUGUGAGAGCAUUUAAUCAGGUUCUCAAACUAGAUCCUGUUUCUGUGGAUGCCUACGUUGGAAGAGGAAAUUCAUACAUGGAAAGCAGACCUGAGGCUGAUCGUAAACAAGCACAGAAAGAUUUCUUGAAAGCGCUUCACCUGAAUCCGAAGUGUCUGAAAGCCAGAAUUUGCUUAGGAUAUAACUUGCAGGCUCUUGGAAAAUUUCAAAAAGCUUGGAACCAAUUUACAAUUGCUAUUGGCAUUGAUCCAAAAUGCCAUGCUGCCUAUGAUGGACGAGCUUCAGUCUGUCUUCAGAUGGGCGAAACUUUUGCUGCAUUUCAAGAUACAAAUGCUGCAUUAAAGCUCACUACCACUGCUCCACUGCUAACAAAUCGGGGUGUUAUCAAUCAGUGUAUGGGAUACCUAUCCUGUGCUAUGAGGGACUAUCAACAUGCAAUUUCUGUUGACCCUGACUAUGCCUUAGCCUAUUUCAAUGCAGGAAAUAUCUACUUCCAUAAUCGCCAGUUUUCACAAGCCUAUAACUAUUAUUCGAAGGCGUUACAACUUGACCCAACAAAUGAUUCUGCUGUUAUGAAUCGUGCUAUUACAAAUACAUUAUUAAAAAAUACUAAAGAAGCAAAAGAAGACUUUGAGAAGGCAGUUUGCCUCUGUCCAUUCUCUGCAGCAGUGUAUUUUAACAGGGCAAAUUUCUAUAAUGGAUUAAAGCAAUAUGAGCUAGCUGAGAAAGACAUUUCAACAGCAUUGUCAAUUCAGCCCAAUGAUGCCUUGAUGUAUAAAUUUAGAGCUGAUAUUCGUGGCAAACUGGGUUUUAAGAAAGAAGCGAUAGAUGACUACAAGCAAGCAAUCAGCAUUCAAGAACAGAUUAAUUCCAUGUGAAAAGAUGUCAUUCUAAUACCACGUGGCUUCUGUUUACAAAUUUCUCAGAUUUGCAGUUAAAAAGAAUUCAUUGCAUGCAAAAAAAUUAUGUCUGUCUUUAUUCUUACAUAUUCUAUGGACUUUUUAUUUUCCUAAAUGCACCUGAUUCAGUGCAAAACUGACCAGAGUUAUUUAAGGAUAGAAUGCUGCAUUUAAUUUUUAUGAGCAUUAGGUUGUUCUUUAUUUGUUGAGGCCAAGAGAAAACU